AUGGAACCCUCUUGGAUCGAGAUCCUUCAGAUCCUAUACACCUCGAAUAAGAUGAAAAUCAUCGAGAAGGGAACCGAGUCAGACUGGGUGACAACAACCAGAGGACUCAAACAAGGUUGCCCGCUAUCCAGCGUGUUAUUCAUGCUAUACAUUGCAGACCUAGAGAAAAGGCUCCUGCAAACGAAAGCGGGCUUCCACGUUCGAACAAAAAAAUGGCAAUGGGACUUGAAAGAGGAUAGCUCUUUCAAAAUCCCAGGCCUCCUGUUCGCCGACGAUCUCGUACUAAUAGCAACUAACAGUAAUGAAAUGCGAAGACUCCUCCAAAUAACGAGCGAAUUUGGAGACGAGCGCGACAUUACAUUCAACCCAAAAAAGAGCGCCAUAGUCGUCUUCUCUCCGAACAAAAAAACGGACUGCGGAGGGCUCGAGAUACAGGGUCGCUCAGUACCUAUAACGUCGGACUAUAAGUACCUCGGAAUUGUUCUAUCUAAUUCCAAGAACUACUUGAAAGUACAGGAAGAUAUCUGGGAAAAACAAUCCCUAGUCGCAUUACACAGAAUGCACGCAACUUCCAUUUGGGGCUUCAACCGAUUCGAAGUUUCCAGAGCGCAGUGGAAGGCAACCGCGGUACCACAAUUGACCUACGCAAACGCAGUAACCGUUGCAACUGGGAAAUUACUCGCAAAACUCGAACAACGGCAGAGAGACGCGGGGAAAUGGGCAUUAGGAAUCACAUCCUAUAAAACCGCGAACGAAUUUAUCACCGGAUCCGAAUCGAUUGCUGCCUGUGAGACUGCGAAAGGAGCAGUCUACCUCAAGAAGUUCCUCAUUGAACUCGGAACGGAUAUUGUGCCUGAGAUCCAAAUCGACAAUCAGUCCACGAUCAAACUCGUGAAGGACAAUCAAUUUCAUCGAAGGACCAAACACAUCGAAGUAAGAUACUUCUACAUACGAGAACAGCUGGAAGCAGAACAGCUCUCAGUAUCCUUCAUUCCAACGUCAGAACAACUCGCGGAUCUUUUCACAAAGCCGCUCAACAACACAACCUUCCUUGAACUAAGGGAUUAA